UAAACAUUUCUACGGUGCGGUGGUUCAAAUUGGUGGCUAACUAAAAUCAGCAAAUGCUAAGCAGCGCGUGCUAAUAACGAGACUUACAAAUCAAAUCAGAUUCUAUUAAAAAACAAUCAGAAGUGCUGUGAAUUUGUGCCCGUUUGGCCAAAAAUAAACGAAAUCUUCAAAACUAACUAACGUGGCAGCAUGUCGUUUGCUCUUACCAGCUGACAUUGACUAAGAGGCCUGUUAAGCGAGCAACACUCAAAUAGGAUACAGGAUAUAUAAAUAUAUAUAUAUACAUAUAUAUAGGAAUAACUUAUCGUACAUAGAGUUUAUAUACAGUCCAAAAAAAUGGCUAUGCAAUACCACAACUACAACAGCAGCACACGCUACGAGAUGGUCGUUGAGAUAGCCAACAUUGCAUUAGAUGAGUUUAAAACACAUCAUCUGACCCGCAACUACACGGGUCUGGUGCAGCGCUACUACCAGCUCGUCGAGGAGGAUUACGGCGAUCCGCGUGCUGUACGCUUUCCCCUUAUGGAGCAUCCACUCUUCACAUUCGGCCUGGUCGCCAUCUAUUUAUCCUGGGUGCUGGUGUUGGGUCCUUUCUUUAUGCGAGACCGCAAACCCUUCCAGCUGCGCCGCACACUUGUCGUAUACAAUGCCUUCCAGGUGCUGCUCAGCGGCUACAUGUUCUAUGAGCAUUUAAUGGCAGGCUGGUUGAACUACUACAAUCUGAAGUGCCAACCGGUUGACUAUUCGGAUGGGCCCAUGUCUAAGCGGAUGCUGAAUCUGUGCUACAUUUAUUAUCUGUCCAAGCUAACCGAGUUCGCCGACACCGUGUUCUUUGUGCUGCGCAAGAAAUCAUCGCAAAUAACCUGGCUGCAUGUCUAUCAUCAUUCGGUGACGCCGCUGGAGACCUGGGUGCUGGUCAAGUUCCUCGCAGGCGGCAAUGCGACAUUCCCCAAUCUGCUGAACAACUUUGUGCAUGUGUGCAUGUACUUCUACUACAUGAUGUCCGCCAUGGGACCGGAGUAUGCCAAAUUUUUGUGGUGGAAGAAAUACAUGACGGAGCUGCAGAUCGCGCAGUUUGUGCUUUGCAUUGUGCACACCACACGGGCGCUCUUCAGCAAUCAGUGCCAGUUCUCCAAGUUUAUAUCGGCGCUUCUGCUGCUGAAUGCAUCCAUAUUCUUCUGCCUCUUCAUGAACUUCUAUAUGCAGAGCUACCGGAAGUCCAAGGCUCAGCAGCAGCAGCAGCAGCUGGCGGCGGAAGCGUUAAGCUCGAAGGCCGAUGGCAACAACAACAACAACAACAGCGCACUACAACAGGAUAAGCAGCAGCAACAGGAGCAGAUCCUGGCGCACAAAUUGAAGGCCCACUAGGCGCAAUAGACAGACAAAAUAACAGAGA